ACCGCAUUGGGUUAUAAAGUGAGGUCACUCUUCUGUCUGAUGAGGCGAUGACGUCAUCGCACCGGGCUAUAAAGUGACGUCACUCCACUGCGUGGCUCAGGCGAUGACGUCACCGCACCGGGCCAUGGCGGACGAGGAGGACGAUUUCAUGGGCGAGGAGGAGGGCGAGGAGGGGGCCGUCGCCACCGCCACCGCCUCCUCCAGCGGGCAGCGCGGAAGACACCGCCUCUUCUCUAAAGAACUGCGCUGUAUGAUGUACGGAUUUGGAGAUGACCAGAACCCCUACACGGAGUGUGUGGAUCUACUGGAGGAUCUCCUCACAGAGUUCAUCACCGAGACGACUCACAGGGCGAUCGCCGUUGGGCGGCCCGGGCGGCUCCAGGUCGAGGACCUGGUGUUCCUCGUCAGGAAGGACGAGCGCAAAUUCUCGCGCAUGAAGGAGCUGCUCACCAUGAACGAGGAGCUCAAGAAGGCACGCAAGGCCUUCGACGAGGCCACCUACGGCACUUGAGGGCCGCGGCGGCCAGCCGGCCGGCGUGAACCCCGUCACGAACGGGGGCCCCGGCGGCGGCGGCGAGGAGGAGACGUUGACUUCCUCUCCUGGUAUGCAGGCGGGUCGUGGGUUCAAUGCUGACCCUCACGAUGCCUGUUGUAUAUUUGGAGUGUGCGUGUC